AUGCGCUCUCCUUUGCAUGGCUCUAAAGAGGAGUUGGCCUUGAACUCACCAUUUGGUUUGCCAGGAUCAACGCCUCAAAGAAUGAACUGCAUUGUGGAGGAAGAUACCAGCAAGGGUCCGCCUUUUCGCGAAACUGAAGCUGUAAGCACACCACCGAGACCGUUGUCGUUCUACUCGAAUCGAGACGGCAACAAUUCAAGCGGAAGCUUGAUAUACAACCAGGGGUUUUCGUUUGGGGAAAAUGCUGGCGCCUCAGGGCAAAUCGAGAACAAACGUCACUCGCUCAAAUAUAUACCAGGACCGAAGCUUCCUCCAGUAUCUUCAUCGCGUAAUCGUUCUCCAAUCCGUCCAAAUCGGUCGCCGUCCCCAGAUAGGUCUAGGAGACCUUCUUCUGGCAUACUUGACGCACCGUUUAAUUUCUCGUCAUCAUCCUUACAGCCUCCUGCCUCUGCUGGAUCAGCGUCCAGAGCGUCCUUCCGUAAGGGGCAUCGAUACAAACACUCUUCUGUGUCCAUGAAUUUUUUUCAAGAGCCUGACGUUAAGGUACCGUUGAACAUUGCAAAAUCCCUUCCUAUACCUGAUCUCGCAGAUCUUAAGGCAAACAUACCAUGGCCGCGCGGUUAUGUACAGCUCAUCAUCGUGACUUUACAGUGCAUUACUUGCAUUGCAACAUUUCAGACGGGUCAUGUUCGCGGUUGGAAUAACCUGAUAACUCUCUCGCAUUUUGUACUUUAUGAUAUUCUUGGCUCCGUGGCGAUUAUUCUUGUCGAGAAUCUGUCGCAAUUUGAAGUUUGGAACACAGGAACCAUAACUUUUCCAUUCGGUUUGAAUAGAAUAGAUGUCCUCUUGAGUUUUGCGCUUGCUGUCUCGUUAUGCUUUAUGGGAUUAGACUUGUUUUUUCACAUACUUGAAGAAACUGUCGUCUUAUUUGUGGAAUCCAGUCAUUACGAGCAACAUGAUGAAAUUGCACCAAAUAUACCUCAUACACAUCACUCGGGUGCUAUGAUGGAAGGAACAAAUGAUAUCUACAUAUGGUAUAUUCUUUUGUCCUCGAAUUUGUUGCUGUCAUUGAAAUGCUUUUUUGAUAUAUUUCAUUCAAAUGCACACACAAAAUUCAAAACCAAAAACCCCAUAAUUACGUGUGUCUACGUGGUUUAUCUCAUGGUAUAUCCAUUCAUCCAGCAGAUAGCAACUAUUUCAGACUAUUUAGCAACAGGGCUUCUUUCAAUCUUCAUUAUCUCCUAUGGCUGGACUAUAGCAAAAUGGACCGCAACAGUGCUACUUUUGGGCUUUUCAACUACAUCCGUAACUGGCUUAAUGUUGGAUGACAAUAAUGAGGACUCUUCUGAUACAAAACAGCCGCAUGUGCUUCGCAGAUCAAAAAGUACGUUACCAACAGCUAUUGUAUUAGAUCAGAAGGCAGGAAAUGAGGAGAAAUCAUCGAGCGAAUAUGAUUCGACAAUCAUCAAAUCCAAAAUUCUCGAAAAUAUUGAGGCCCUCCCUUCAUUUCGCGCAAACUGUAAAAUAUCCAACGAUAACUUAAUUAUUGCAAAGGUUAACUUUGACAAAUAUAUCGUUCUAAUGAAGCUGAGCAUGUCAGGCGGUUCUAAUGAUGAUGAAAAAGAUCUUCUACUAGCCAUCGACAAGUGCAUCAAAAAGACACUCCCCACAUCAGAGACUACCGUUGAAAUUGACAGACUUUAA